AAUAUAAGUUAAGUUUCUUGUUAGAAACUUAGCUCCGAGACAUGAUUAGGGGCGUAGCGUCUGGUAUCAGUUCCAUUAUUGCUAGUUCUGGUAUUCCAAAAAAGGCAUUUCAAUCUGAUAUAUCUCGGUCGAAAGUCUACUUCCCGCGUCAUCACACACAAGUGCGACAGCUUUGUUCAAAGGAACUAUUCAAACGAUCGGCUGUCGUUGACAGAUUUUUGUGGCGAAACCGACGAAAUUUACAGCGCUCCUCAACCACCAUCGUACUUGGCAAACGUCAUUUCGGCAACUUAAUCCUUUCACGCAAUUCUUCAAGUCGUUCGACAAUGAGUCGACAUUUCUCACUAGGAGAGGGUACUCUUCAGGUGUCAAUGGAUUUAUUCGCACUUAACCGAAAUCGUUUAUGCAAAAGCUUAAAGGAACUACCUCAAACACCAAAGAACAGUGUUGUAAUUUUACAAGGUGGCCAGGGAGUGCCUCGUUAUUGCACUGAUGUGGAGUACCUUUUUCGCCAGGAGUCUUUCUUUCACUGGGCUUUUGGUGUCAUAGAACCAGAUUUUUAUGGGGCCAUUGAAGUUGACUCUGAAACAUCACAUCUCUUCAUCCCUAAAUAUCCAGAGGCUUAUGCAGUAUGGAUGGGAAAGAUAUUUGAUUGUGAACAUUAUAAGCAAAAGUAUGGAGUUGAUCAUGUUCACUAUGUUGAAGAGAUGGGAAUUAUUCUAGAAAAUGCUAAAGCAGAAAUGGUGCUCACAUUAAAAGGAAUGAACACGGAUAGUAACCUAUGGACCCGUGAAGCCGUAUUUGAAGGAAUGAGCAAGUUCAAGAUCGAUAAUGAGCUGUUGCAUCCUGUCAUCGUUGAAUGCCGCGUGAUCAAGACCCCUAUGGAACUGGAUGUUUUGCGCUAUGCUAAUAAGAUUUCUUCUGCCGCCCACGUUGCCGUGAUGAAGGCUGUACGUCCAGGAAUGAAGGAGUAUCAAUGCGAAUCCGUUUUCCUUCAUCACGCCUAUUUUCAUGGUGGAUGCCGGCACGUCUCAUAUACCUGCAUAUGCGGAUCGGGGGAAAAUGGAAGUAUACUUCACUACGGCCAUGCCGGAGCCCCAAACGACAAGGCCAUUCGCGAUGGCGACAUGUGCCUGUUUGAUAUGGGAGCAGAGUACUACUGUUUUGCUUCUGAUAUCACUUGUUCAUUUCCGGCCAAUGGGAAAUUUACAAAACGCCAAAAAGGAAUCUACAAUGCUGUACUGGAAGCGAGUCGGGCUGUAAUUGCUGGUAUUAAACCUGGUGUCAGUUGGAUUGAUAUGCAUUUGCUGGCCAAUAGAGUGAUGUUGGUGAAUUUGAAGGAGUACGGGCUCUUACAAGGAGAUGUCGACGACAUGAUGAAGGCGAACUUGGCGGCUACAUUUCAACCUCACGGUCUUGGUCAUUUUAUGGGUCUCGACGUUCAUGAUGUUGGUGGAUAUCUGGAGGGCCAUCCUGCUCGCCCAGAGAAAGCUGGCUUAAAAAGUUUAAGAACUGCACGCGUUCUUCAGCCAGGAAUGGUAUUGACUGUUGAACCUGGAUGUUACUUCAUCGACAAAUUGUUGGAUCAGGCAUUAGAAGAUCAAGAGCUUUCGAAGUUCUUGAUUAGAGACGCUGUAGAUGAACAUAGAGGAUUUGGUGGAGUUCGUAUUGAGGACGAUAUCGUCGUCACUGAGACGGGAGUCGAAGUAAUGACUGAAGUCCCAAGAAGCGUUGAUGAGAUCGAGGCUGUCAUGUCUGCAAAAAACUAAUUCAGUUUCAUGUAUUUUACAUUUAAAUACUUCAAGCAAAGAAUAAUUCUUACUUCAUUAUUUUUAAAGAACUCAUCUUAUUAGUCUUGAUUUUUGCGUUUUUUAUUACAGCGUCGUUAAUACGAUUUUGGGGUAAAUAAAACACUAAACAAACA